AGUAAAUUAAAUUACAUCUGACAUUGAUGUGUAGGCGUGAUACAUGAGUAUCUACAAUCUGAUUAUAAAGCACUUUAGAAAGGAAUUACUGCAUCUCUAUCUCACCAGAAAUUCUGUCAAGAUCUCAAAGAAAAAGGAAAAACACAGCAGCUAUGUCGGAUUAUACUCCAAUUUUGCCCCAAGAGCUCAUCACCGACAUACUCUUGCGCCUCCCUGGAAAAUCCAUAGGCCAGUUCAGGUGUGUUUCUAGGCCAUGGCUCUCUUUACUCUCCGACUCACAUUUCAUCAAAUCCCAUUCAACACUCCUGAGCAGCCAUGACCCGGGAAAGUUCAUCCUCGUUUCUGACUCUGAUCACACCCUUCACACAAUAACUUUAACUCCCAGCACCAGCACCAGCAGCAACACCAGCAGCACCAGCCGCCAAGAUGCCGUUGCAAGAAAGAUCAGUUUUCCACAGUGCCCAGACAAGUGGGAAACAGUGGUGGGUUCAUGCCAUGGUUUGGUCUUAGUACGAACUGAUGAACGUAGCUUGUAUUUGAUCAACCCCACAACUUUGGAGAGAGUAAAAAUCCCAAGUUUUCCUUUGGCUUUGGACCCUUCUGCUAGUUUUAGCAUGCACGGAUUUGGCUAUGAUGAUUGGACCGAUGAUUAUAAGAUUGUUACGCUUUCAUACUAUGACACGGACAAUGAACACGAGCCUGAUUGUGCUGAUACUUUUGUUGACGUUUAUAGUGUAAAGACAAGAACUUGGAAGAGAUUUGAUCCAUCUCCUUAUGAUCAUGCUGUUCCUGAUCUUGCCUCAGGGGUAUUCCUCAAUGGGGGUCUUCAUUGGUUGGCUUCUGAUAGAUCUGAAGGCUAUCCAUCUGUUAUUGCUGUUUUCCUUUUGGAUGGCGAGGAUUUUGAGGAAGUGCCACCUCCUAGUAGUCUUGAUAGAGGUAAAUUUGUGUUUAACAAGCUCGUGGUUCUUGAAGGAUGUCUUGGAAUUGUUGUCGAUAAUUAUAAUGAUCAGGUAGAUGUUUGGGUAAUGAAACAGUAUCGAGUCCAAGAAUCCUGGACAAAGUUUACUAUUAAUGUACAUGAAGAUACUGAUAUGCUUAAACCUAUAUGUAAAUUGCGGGACGAGGAGAUUGUUUUGGAGAAGGAUGAUGAGAAGUUGGUUUUGCAUAGUUUGAGAGACGGGAUUUCAAGGGAAAUGGUGGUUGCUGGUCUUCCAGAUACGUUUGAACAUGGAGUGAUGACCUUUUCGGAGACCCUUCUGUCGCCAAAUUUCUAUAGUCUGAAUGCAGAAAUGCAUAAUUCUGAGGGCCAAAUUGAAGCUUGAUGCUGUACAAGGUAGGGAGGACAUACUACGAAGAUUACUUGAGUUAAGCUGGCUAUUGGUUUAUUUGGCUAAAAUAAGUGGUUUUGAUACUUGCUACAUUUCCAACUCAAAAUUUUUGAAUAAAAAUGAUUUCAACUGCUUAUGUUAAUAUGAAAUAUGAUAUGGGUAAGAAUACAUUUAUUUCUUUUGAUAUAUAAAAAGUUAUGAUAAAGAUGAAUAUGAUUUGCUUUUGAAUUAUGAAUGCAAUGUAUAUUUUGCACUGUGAA